UGGUGGUAGAAGGCUGUAAUGACUCUGGUUGGUGGAGCUGAAAGCUAGAAUUAUCUGUAUUCAGAUAAACAGUAAUACAGAGUUCAGUGGAAACCUCCCAUAAAAACAGCACAGCAAAAAAAAAAAUAGAUUGAGUCAAUAAUAAUAAUCAUGAUAACAAUAAUAAUAAUAAUAAUAACAACAGCAAUAAUAGUAAUGAGAGUAGGUACUUACAGUUCAUAGUUCAUGCCUUCAUCAAUCACCUAAGAGAGAGAAACAGAACACACAGCUGAUUUCUUCAUUCUGUUUAUAUGGAACAUCUGUACAGCUGUGUUGAGUUAUACAUGACUAAUGACAGUUUGUGUUUAUGAGUGAAGGAAAGUUUGUAGAGCAGGUUUAACUGAACUCAGCUCUGUGUUUAAAUGAUUAAACACUGAUAGACGUUUCUUGUCUGUGUCUGUAAAGAAGUGAACAGCUGAAUCGAGGAGCUGCUGCUUUUAGCUCAGUAAUGUUUGAAUAGAUUCUGUUUAAUGUUGUUUUUCUCUGAAUGGGAGCUAAAAGAAAAGCUCCCAGUGUUUCUACAGAGCUGCGUACCUUUAUUCCUACACAUCAGAGCCCCCACAGGACUGAACAGAGCUGUUAGAGCUGAGCAGAUGGUGGAUGAAGCAGUCUGGAAUAAUCCAGUUCAGCAUGUGGAGCUGAGCAGAGCUGUAAAGGCUCAUUAACACAAGCAGAAAAGCCUACAAGGCCUCGGAUGAACAGGUUUAAUCUGUGUUUGAUGUCCUGAGAGAAACGUGCUCCUGCUGUCAUUCAGUUGCUGAUUAUCUGCAGCCUGGCGGAUAAAACCUGCAAGUGCUUCAAACUGGGACGAGGAGGAGGCGGGCGUGGCCUCGUGACGUCACUCAGGAGAAGCGAAAGUAAAGCAGGGCUGUUUGAUGAGCUGCGGGACCUGCAGACCUUCAGACCUUCUCAGAGGAGCAGCGCGCUGCAGUCAUGGCUUUCUCCAGCAAUCUCCUGUCUGAAGAUCAGCUCCAGUGCUCCAUCUGUCUGGAUGUGUUCACUGAUCCAGUCUCUACACCAUGUGGACACAACUUCUGCAGGGUCUGUCUCAAAGAGUGCUGGGACAGCAGUUCACGAUGCAAGUGUCCAGUUUGUAUGGAGGAAUUCUCCAAAAGGCCUGAGCUGCGUGUGAACACUUUCAUCUCUGGACUGGCUGCUCAGUUCAAGAAGUCAGUUCAGGUCAAAUCCAGCAGAGCUCCAGAGAAACAUUCCCCCAAACCUACAAAGGUUCUGUGUAACUACUGCACAGAUGAACAGCUGGAGGCUGUAAAGUCCUGUCUGGACUGUGGAGUCUCUUACUGUGAGACUCAUCUGAUGCCUCAUAAAACCAUAGCUAAACUCAAGAAGCACAAACUGGUGGAUCCUGUGGAAAACCUGGAGGACUACAUUUGCCAGAAACAUGAGAGACCCCUGGAGCUGUUCUGUAGAGAUGACCAGACGAGUGUGUGUCAGUUCUGCACUGAAGGAGACCACAAGACUCACAGCACUGUUCCUAUAAGGGAGGAGGGUAGAAGGAAAAGGACCCAGCUGCAGAGGACACAGGCAGCAGUUCAUCAGAUGAUCCAGAACCGACGGAGAAAGAUUGAGGAAAUAAAACGUUCAGUAGAACUCCAUAAAAAAAGCUCAGAGAAGGAGAAAGCAGACAGUGUGGAGGUCUUCAGAGCUCUGCUGCGCUGCAUUGAGAGAAGCCAGACGGAGCUGCUUGAGGUGAUGGAGGAGAAGCAGAAAGCAGCAGAGAGGCAGGCUGAAGAGUUCAUUAAAGAGCUGGAGCAGGAGAUCACUGAGCUAAAGAGGAGAGACACUGAGCUGGAGCAGCUCUCCCACACUGAGGACCACCUCCACCUCCUACAGGUUUACCCGUCCCUCUGCAGCCCUCCACCCACCAAGAACUGGACUGAGGUCAGGAUUAACUCUCAUCUGAGGGUGGAGACUCUGAGGAAAACUAUGUCUCAGCUUCAGCACGCACUUAAUAAGGAGAUGGAGAUGUUUCCUGAAAUCAAACUGAAGAGAAUUCAAGAAUAUGCAGUGGACGUGACUCUGGAUCCUGUUUCAGCUCAUCCUAAACUGAUCCUGUCUGAUGACGGGAAACAGGUCACAUGUGGAGACAUAAAGCAGAACCUCCCCGACACCCCAGAGAGGUUUGAUCAUUGUGUCGAUGUGCUGGGAAAGGAGGGGUUCUCCUCAGGGAGAUUUUACUAUGAGGUUCAGGUCAGCGGGAAGACUAAGUGGGAUUUAGGAGUGACCACAGAGUCCAGUACCCGGAAGGGGGAGAUUACUCUGAGUCCUAAGAAUGGAUACUGGACUCUGUUUCUGAGGAAUCAGACUGAAUACAAAGCUCUGGGCACUCCUUCUGUUCCUCUCUACCUGAAACAGGCUCUCCAGAAGGUGGGGGUGUUUGUGGAUUAUGAUGAGGGUCUGGUCUCCUUCUUUGAUGUUGAGGCCAGGUCUCAUAUCUACUCUUUCACUGGUCAGUCUUUCUUUGAAAAACUCUAUCCGUUCUUCAGCCCCUGCACAAAUUAUGAUGGUAAAAACUCAGCACCGCUGAUCAUCAUGCCUGUCAAACAUAGUAACCGAGGUUCUUUUACCCUCAUACAUCCUCUUUGUUAGGUGAAAUACUUGUACCACGGCACUCCAAAGCUUUACUAAAUGUAAUGCGGAAAGCGGUAUACCAGUGGUUCCAUAAGUGUGGCGGGCAACAUACCCAGGGGACUGUUAAAUGAUCUUGAGGGUAUGUUAUAAAAAUCCAGCAUUAAUCUUUAUUUCAUUUCAUUUAAUCAGCCUGUGGCACAACUACACAGCUACUUCUAGCAAAACUGUGCUCUUAUAGUUCAGUAUUUUACUCUUUUAUCAAACACGGUUGUUAGAGAAGAAAGUGUUGCACUCCAGUCUCUUUUGAGUGCCACACGUUCAGGAGAACGGCAUCAGUAGAGUUAAAUCAGUUCAUCAUGCACUGCUGUGCACAUGAAUGAUUAUCCUUUACUAACUGUUGUUUAGGCCUCUAUGAUUCUUCUUAGUCUUGUACUCGAGUUAGUUUAACUUUCGCAGAUGCAGUUUAGUUUGCCAUUUUAAUCCGUUAUUAGUUUGUAGCUGCUGGGAUUAGUGCUUAUCCAUUAGCAUUUGUUUACCUGUUACAUUCUGAGCAGAUGAUGUUACUGUGAUAUACAUGAUCUGUUGCUUUAGGUUAGUGAACAUUUACUCGCUGUUCAAACAGCCGCAGACUCUCUCACACACACACGCCCUCAUAUUGGGGCAGUCGUGGGCUGGAGGUUAGGGAUUUGGCCCUG